AAAUGAGCUGAGAGGCAGUCUUGCAUCAUUUGAGACGUUACGCCAAGAAGAAAAGGAAGAAGAGUGAGAAGAAGGAGAGGGUAUAUACUUCGUUUGCCUUUUCUUUUCUUGCAAGGCGAGUGUAGCAAGUUUUUAAUGGCGAAAGAAUUAUAUGGAUUAACAGCUGAGAUAAUGAAUGUUUUAAUUGAACCAGCGUUACUGUUUUUAGGGGUGUACGGUGAACCUCUCCUUGCAGAGCUCAUUUGUUAUAACUCUUUCUGUUUUGGCUGUGCACAGUCCAGUGCCCAACAGACACUGAAGAAGUAUGUAAGUAGCAAACCAAAUGGAUGCAUUCUAAGUUUAUGUAUAGUUUUUAAAAGUGAAUAAAGUGUUUUGUUUUUAGUUUCUAAUCACAUCAAUUAGUAUAACUAUCAAGCCAAAAAUGGCAUAUUUUUUGUUGAAAUGCUUAAAACUACAAUACACUUGCUGUGUUAUAAGGUAAUAUAGAGUAUAACACUAAUAAAUUUGUUUUUGGCCGAGAUAAACUAACUCUGAGCAUAUACAGAUCUCGUUGAUGCAGAUAAAAAACUAGUUUUUGUUGUUUUUGCCGCUUCUCUGAAUAAAGUACAAACAAUGUUUAGUGUUUCAAAUUCAAAUUCUAUCAAACCGCUCAAAAAUUAUAGUUAAAUUUGGUUCUAGUGUAUUUCUAUUCUACUAACGGUACAUGUUUUAUAACAACUUUUCUCAUAUAAAUUUGUUGUAACAAAAUAACACAGCCUGUUAUAAUUUUGUAAUGUCAAUCUAGUCGGGUCUAUUAACGGCAUUUCUGGAGAAUCUGCCAUACCGUGAAGAUGUAUUAUUUCUUUGGCCACAAGACAUUCGGCCAACUGAUUUGGAACCAUGCAUUUAGUUUAGGUCAGCCCUCCCAGGCCUUCUUUCGAGGUACAUCAAUGAUUAUUAACUGCGUUCUUUCUUUUCGCAGAUCAUAAAAAGAAUCUUCUCCGUGAAUUGUAUUCACCAUGGACUUCUUUGACCGGCUAUCGUCGAUAAAACUAGAUGUUCAAAAGGAGUACAACAUAAUUCUGCUUGGCGAAACCGGCGCAGGCAAAUCAACUCUGAUAAACUAUCUGACGAAUUAUUUCAAAAAUGGUACACUCGAUAAUUUGAAAAUUUCCAUCCCUUCUAAGCAUUAUGAGGCAACCGAGGGUCUGAAGCACAACGAGUACAACGUUCAGGAUGCUUCAAAAAGUCAAACUAGAGCCUGUACUGUAUACACUUUCAGAAAACAGAACAAGAACACGGUAUACAAGUUCAUAGACACGCCAGGGCUCAGUGAUACCGAAGGAGUGGCUCAGGAUGAAUUCAACAUGCAGCAAAUUAUGGGUGCUGCUGAGCAGAGCGGAGUGUUAACGGCAAUCAUCCUCGUUAUAAAUGGAACGCAGACCCGAGCUACCGUAACACUGUGCCGCACGUUGUGCCUGUUGAGAAGCUCAAUACCGGACGUCCUUUUGCAGAACCUUAUCGUAGUUCUAACAAACUGCUCUUCUGCAACUGUCAACUUCGACCUGGCCCGUUUAGAACCAUGGACUGUUCCUAUGGCGAAUGUUUUCCACAUGAACAACUGUGCCUUCAGUAGACCAGUAUCACAAUGGACAAUAAACGAACGGAUGAAGCAAAAUCUGGAAAGAGAAUGGAUAUGCUCAAUGGAAUGUAUCGGAGAAUUGAUUAAGAAUCUAAAGCAGCUUGGCGGCAAAGCGACCGAGGCUUUCAAAGAAAUGCGCAUUAACAGAGAGAAAAUAAAAUCGCAGCUACAAAACUUAUUGCUAGAUGUAACGAAAUGUCAGGAUCUUCAAAACGAACUUGAUAUGAUGAAAACCACACAGCAAAAUAUAGCCACCGACAUUACAAAAUAUUCCGACUACAAACGAUCAAAGCUAGUGGAAUAUACGGAAUUGGUAAAAUGUGAAUCCGGCACCAGAUUCUGCACAAUGUGCUCGACACCAUGCCGAGAAAAAUUUCUUGAAAAGGGAGCGACAUCUGUGUACAGAGUUGCCAAAUCAAUACCGAUUUGUAGAGACGUAGUGUCCCUUUUCGAAUAUAUGAUACUAGACACUUGUCACUGCGGUCAUUCAGCGUUCGAUCAUUACGUUAGAAACGUUAGCCCAGUCAAGAAAACGAAAACCGUCGAGGAAAUUCUCGAAGAUGUGAAAAACGCCUAUGAUCUUAGCACGAAAAAAAAUGAGGAAAUUCAGUCUGAAAUUGGUAACCUGAACACCGACAUGGCUGCACUGAAACGUGCUCUCGAUGCAAUGCAAGAGGGAAUUUUGGAAUGCUGCUAUCAACUCAAGAAGCUCUGCUCGCAUUUUAACUUCGUGGACGAGCUCCAUGGCAUCAUAGGCAUCAUGGAGAGAGAUACUUGUAGGCUUACUUCCACCAUAGUAAGGGCAGAGGCUGAGACAAGAAUUAGGAGCAUCAAACACGUGGUCGAUAAGCUGUCAAGUGCUGGGAAGAGUGGCUAGAACACAACACAAAAUUACAGAUACGCGUAUUUCGACUACCACUUGUAAUCUUCCUCAGAGUCAGUUAUUGCUUAUAUCGAAGAGCAUUAUUCCUAUAUAAUAAUAUUUUGCUUAACCCUAAAAGAAAUACCUGGGGUCCAUUGGACCCCAGGUGCCUUUCAGAGCUCGUCUUUGAUGGGACACACUCAGCGAGGUGACGAAACUGAGGCAAAGGUAUCCCUUUUAGUUUUUUUUUUCAUAUAACCAUUAUAGCAAAACAUAAUGUCGCAUAAUUAAAUAAAACAGAAGUAUAUAACAAAAUACUUGUUUUCGUUUAUGUUUUUAUUUAAUGUUACAUCAAAUUCAAGAUAAAACUUAAUAUCCAUAAUACACGGUUCGUGGCUGCCGUUUUCCAUCCUCGGUGACGCCCGAUGCUCGCCAAGUCACGCUCCGCCAGAUCCACCCAUCGUGCUCUCUGCGCUCCACGCCUUCUUGUGUCAACCGGAUAUGCCGCGAACACUAACUUUACAGGGUUAUUGUCCUGCAUCCUUGCAACAUGCCCUGCCCAUCGCAUCCUUCCGACUUUGGCCACCUUCUGGAAACUGGGUUCGCCGUUAAGUACAACGAGCUCGUGGUUCAUCCUUCUACGCCACACACCGUUCUCCUGCACACCGCCGAAGAUCGUUCUUAGCACACGUCACUCGAAAACUCCGAGUGCUUGCAGGUCCUCCUCGAGCAUGGUCCAUGUGUCGUGUCCGUAUAGGACCACCGGUCUUAUCAGCGUCUUGUACAUGGUGCACUUGGUGCGUGGGUGAAUCUUUUUAGACCGCAGCCUCUUCUGGAGCCCAUAGUAGGCACGACAUCCACUGAUGAUGCGCCUUCGAAUUUAAUAGCUAGCCGUCAGUAAGGAUUCGAGGUACACGAGUUCCUCCACCACCUCGAAGGUAUCUCCGUCUAUCGUCACAUUACUACCCAGACGGACCCGGUCGUGUUCGGUUCCGCCUACCAGCAUGUACUUUGUUUUUGAGGCAUUCACCACCAGUUCGACCUUUGCUGCUUCGCAUUUCAAGCGGGUUUACAGUUCUGCCACCGUUCCAAAUGUUCUGGUGAUAAUGUCCAUGUCAUUCGCAAAGCACACAAAUUGACCGGAUUUUGUGAAAAUCGUACCCCGGCUGUUGAUCCUGACUCGUCCAUUACACCUUGAAGAGUAGGCAUGAGAGUGCGUCACCUUGUCGCAGUCCCCGGUGCGAUUCGAAUGAACCGGAUAGUUCACCCAAAACUCUUACGCAGUUUUGCACGCCGUCUAUCUUUGCUUUAAUCAGUCUAGUCAGCUUCCCAGGAAAACCGAUUUCGUCCAUGAUUUUCCAUAGCUCCGUGCGGUCGAUACUGUCGUAUGCCGCUUUGAAGUCGACGAACAGGUGAUGCGUUGGGAUCUGGUAUUCACAGCAUUUCUGGAGGAUUUGCCGUACGGUGAAGAACUGGUCCGUUGUCGACCGGCCGUUGAUGAAGCCGGCUUGAUAACUUCCCACGAACGCAUUCGUUUUAGGUGACAGACGACGACGGAAGAUAAUCUGGGAUAGCACUUUGAAAACAGCAUUCAAAAUGGUGAUAGCUCUGAAGUUGUCACACUCCAAAUGGUCGCCUUUCUUGUAAAUGGGGCAGAUUACCCCUUCUUUCCACUCCGUUUUCCAGAUCCUGACUAUCAGAGGCUUAAGCGCCUCUCUCAUCUAGAAGGACCGUUACCUCUUUUCAAAACCCGGCAUGAGAUCUCCUGCUCAGGGCAGGCCAAACAGUUCAGCAGAGCUUCAUUCUUUCUUAGUGACUUCGCUGGAAUUGGAAUUAAAGUUUCACGUACUUCGAGUGUAGUAAAUAGUAAACUUUGCCAGACCUUGGUCGUUGUUGAAGAUUCAAACGAGUUUGUUUGGGCUUGAAAUUGAUCGAAUUACUACAUCAGAAAAAAAAACCACUAGGAUGUCAAUGUCGCGGCUGUUCGUGUGACUAACAUCUAGUCACUUUAAUAUUCUAGUUUCCCAUAUUGUUUAUUAGUAUUUUGAAUUGGUUUGGUUUCUUUGCUAAACUACUUGACCUGCCCUGAGCAGGAGAUCUUAUACCGGGAUUUAAAAAAAGGUAACGGUCCUUCUAGAUGAGGGUGGCGCUUAAAGCGUUAUCUUUGUGAACAGAGCGGAUUGUUACAAAUUCCUCCAUGAAUUCAUCCAGCAAUUCCUCCAGAAGUUCCUAGAUGAAUUUCUCCAGGGGUUGCUCCAGGAAUUCCUCCAGCAAAAUCCUCAAGUAAUUGCUCCCGGAAUUUCUUCAGGAAAUCCUUCGGGAUACCUUCAGGAAUUCCCAAAAGAAUUUCUCCAGGGAUUCAUCCAGGAAUUUCUCCGGGAAUUUCAUCAAGAAUAUCCAGGGAUUCAUCCAUGAAUUCCUCCAAGAAUUUAUUCUGAAACUCCUCAAAAAUAUCCUUCAGGAACUUCCUCCAGAGAUUCUUCCAGGACUUCCUACAGACAUUCCUCCAGGAAUUUCUCCAGGUAAGAUCCAUG